UUUUGUUCUUAAGUUGAGGUGGCCUUGAGACAGACCACAUGCUAGGAGCACCUAACCUUUCGUUCCAUCUUUCACCCCACUUUGCAUGGACACACAAAGACACCCAUUAGGUAGAAACAAGACAUUACAAAACACUGUGUUACCCUGUGUACAAUGUUACUAAUUAAAUAAAACAAGGACCAUCCUUUCAAUCUCAUGUGUUCUUCCCUUAGUCUGUAGUUGGGGGUGGACUUGACGAAAUAUUGCAUGAUGAACAUUUUGUGUCAUGCAUGCUCUGCUGCUAGAGUAUCAAAGAGUUGCUGUCUUGUUGGAAGCCACUCAAUUUGCAUAUUUUCAGCACUUCCAUGGAACGUGAAGUUCAGUCGGAUCGGUAUUAGAAGCGGUGAUAUAAAGUCAUUUUCGGGAAGUGUUUUUGUCAGGUCUUAUUCAUCUGCAAACUCAAGGAAGAAUGGUUCCCAGUCACAAAAGGCGGGUCUUGCUGCUGCAAAGGCAAUGGAUGAAGAGAAAGAUACUUUCUUUGUUGUUAGAAAAGGAGACCUCAUUGGCAUCUACAAGAGUUUGAGUGAUUGUCAGUCUCAAGUUGGAUCCUCGAUUUGUGACCCUCCUGUUAGUGUGUAUAAAGGCUAUUCCAUGCCUAAGAGCACGAAGGACUACCUAAAAUCUCGAGGGAUUGAAAAUGCUCUUUAUUCGCUCAGAGCUCAAGAUCUAAUUGGAAAUCUUUUUGGCACUCUAUUUCCAUGCCCAUUGCAGCCUCCUCCUACAAGUGGAAUAUCAAAUGAACAAUUGCAACAGAAAGUAUCACACGAAGCAGUGUGUUCAGAAACUGAGCUUCCGCCGCGCUCCUGUACUCUUGAAUUUGAUGGCGCUUCUAAAGGUAACGGACAAGCGGGGGCAGGCGCGGUGCUACGUGCUGACGAUGGAAGUUUGAUUUGCCGUCUUCGUGAAGGUUUGGGAGCCGCAACGUGUAACGUUGCCGAAUAUCGAGCCAUGAUUUUGGGAUUAAACUAUGCACUCAGCAAAGGAUAUACUAGCAUUCGUGUUCAGGGCGACUCCAAACUUGUUUGCAAGCAGAUCCAGGGGGGGUUUAAGGUCAAAAGCAACAAUCUUUCUAACGUGUAUGCGCGGGCAAAGCAUCUCAAGGAUAUGUUUCGUUCUUUCGAGAUAAAUCAUGUUUUACGGGAAUUCAACUCUGAUGCUGAUAAACAGGCAAACUUAGCUGUUGCACUUCCUGAUGGGCACAUUCAAGAGGAGAUUGAGAAAUCAUACUACACAGGAGACAGCCAUGACCAGAAUCCAUUCAUUCAUUGCAGCAAUGCUCAACAAGAAGAACUAUAGUAGCAAUAGAAAUCAUACUACAGGUUAUUAAGGAUGGGAGGACAAACCCAACUCUUAUUUCCGAAUUCGAUGGUAUCAGAGCCUUGCUGACGAAAAGGUCAGAGUUCAAAACUCAGCGUUACCCAAUUUUAUAAAAAUAAUUUUUUUUAUAAAAUUAAUAUUCACUUGCAAGAUUCGAGCAAACACAAAUCUCGCUAGUAUGUGAGAGGACGCGUUUGAGUAUAAAAUUAUUCCCGAGCGGCCGAGCCUAGAUGCGACUACAACUAUAAGCUUGAGCUUUUGGUU